CGAGGCAGAACAACUUGACACCCUUGCCUUGUAGAAAUUUCUUCAUUUAUCAAAAAAGUUACAUAAAAGUGAGUUAAGUGUAUAAAACUUGAAGGACAUUUAUUUUUCAAGUGAUUCUAGUUUUCACUCAAGUAAAAGUAACAAAAUAACAAUUUUAGAAAGUGCAUUGUGGAUGGAUUGUCAUCAGUGGACGAUAUAAUUGUUGCAACGAGAUGAUUAUUGAAAAUCCUGACGCUUUCAAGUCGUGGUUGACUUCCAUAUUGGAACCUCUUUGCGAUGCGGACCCGGCAGCGCUUGCUAAAUAUGUGUACGCGCUGGUCAAGAAGGACAAGCCCCUGGACGAGCUUCGGGAGGUGAUGGUAGACCAACUCGAUGUCUUCUUACAACAGGAGACAAAACCGUUUGUGGAGAUGCUGUUCAAGGCUCUAGAGAGCAAUGACUAUCUGAAGCAGAGCAAGGAUGAGCAGAAGGCUGUCUCCCCGGCACCCGGGGAGCCGGAGCCGGCUAAGGACCCUGAAAUUGAAAACCAUGUGGGAGCGCCAACGAUCCCGUCUCCGGUAUCGGGCGGCGAGACCCGGGGCCGGUCCCCUUGCGCCGGCACGUUGGCCGGCAGUACGGGCGCGGUGGGGGCGCGCGCCCGCCUCGUCGUGUCGCGCGGCGCCAAGCUGGCCGCGCCCGCGCCCCCCGCGCCCCCGGCGCCUACACCCGCCGCGCCCCCGAGGGGACAUCCCCAUAAUGAACAUACGCUUGUUAAGGUGUUACCGUUGACGGAACUGCUAGAGGAGCCAGUUGACCAGCCGCCGAGAAGGCGCGAUAGACGAGGAGACUCGACUCGCGAGGCAGACAGACGGAGACGUAGAUCUCGUUCGUGGGAGAGACGCGCCCGGGCGAGGAGACACGGACGGGACAAUGAACAUAACACUGAUAUUAGAAGACGACCGCUCUCCCGGUCUCCUUCGCCGCGAGGCCGCUACAGAAACCGCAGCCCGCCCCCCUCCGCCAUCGACAGACAAACCAGCAGGUCUCGAUCAAGGUCGCCUGCUGGUCGCGAUCGUGACCACGAGAGGGAGCGAGACAGACUGAGAGUGCCACGCGAGUUGGAAAGAGACAGAAUGUCCCGAGACAGAGAACAUAGAGAUCGCGUCUCUCGCUCUAGGGAUAGAGAUCGUUCCCGCGAUCGUUCGCGCGACCGCUCCCGCGGCUCGACGUCCCCGCACCCCGACUCUAGGCUCGAACACAACGACGCCUACAAACGACGCUGUAGAGACUUUGAUGAGAAGGGCUACUGCAUGCGCGGCGACCUGUGCCAGUGGGACCACGGCAGCGACCCGGUGGUGCUGGAGGACGCGUCCGCCGCGCUCUCCUCCGUGCUCGCGCUGCCGCCGCCCUCCGUGCCCGAAUACAAUCCCCUGACGCCGGACAUUUGGUGCGGCGGGUUCCCUGCCUACCCCCCUCCGCACCCCCACCACCCACACCCGCCGCGGGAACUCAUACCUAUACCUAGGAUCCGCCACGAGAUGGUGUCGGCGCGCGGGGUGGGGACAGUGGGGGCGGCCCCCAGACCUCCCGCUCCUCACAAGAAGAACUUCGAUUAUACACGAUUUGGUCCCCCCCGGCCCCCCCUGCCGGCUCACGCGGCGAACUGUUCCCUGGAGGUGAAGAAGGUGCCGCGCGGCCUCAACGACAUCACGCAUCUCAACAACCACUUCUGCAAGUUUGGCAAGAUUGUUAACAUACAGGUCUGCUACGACGGUGACCCGGAAGCGGCUCUGAUUACAUUCAGCAAUCCCACAGAAGCUAACGUGGCGUACAAGAGUACGGAGGCAGUACUGAACAACCGCUUCAUUAAAGUCUUCUGGCAUAACCCUGAGCAGAACAAACAAGAAAACAUGGCGCCUGGCGGUCAGCUGGCCAACAAGCAGACAGACAGACAGAACUCCCAGCAUCCCAUGUCUCACAACAAGGUGUUGAUCAACAGAGACAACAUCAAGGCCACCGCUGAUCACAAUGCUAAGCAGCUUAUGGAGAAGCAAGAGAAAGAGAAAGAGCUAGCCAACGGGCAGGAUCCCAAGAAGGAGACGGUGAAGGCCCCGCUGACAAAGAGCAAGCAGGUGAUGGAGAUGCACAAGAGAGCGCAGGCCUUGCUGGAGACUCAGCUGCAGCAGCAGAUGCUGCUCAUACAGAGGCUGGAGUCCGGCAACGUAACAGGUCCCCAACGCGCCGCUUUACUAGAAGCGAUCAACUCAGCUCAAGAAGGAAUCGAAAAGCUCCGCAAAGAACUAGUAGCUUACAACGGCACUUUAAAACAAAUGCAGGACGAGUCGGUCGCAAGGAAUAUGUCGCGGCUACACCUCGCUCAGGCUAAGAAACCGAAGACUAAAGAAGAGGCUCAGAAGGAGAUCCUUGAUGCUGAACUGGAUCUUUUUACUAAACAACAGGAGGGUCAAGACGUGACGGAGCUUACGAAGAAGAUUGCCGAGCUACGCCGCCAGAUGGCGAUACAGUUCCCCUCGCAUAACAUCAUGAGGAGACCGCAUGCAAGCUACCGUAUUGUGAAGAGAAAACUUAGGGGUGGCAGGUUCAAUACCCCGACGAGGUUCACUCGAGGCGGUAUCGCGACGAAGAUGUUCAGCGUGAACCAGUCGGUCGAUCAUAGGCCGAGGGCUCUGCUCAUCUCGGGAUUCGAAGCCGAUGAGCUUGACGCUUUAGUUGCACAUUUUUCUCAAUACGGCGAGGUGAUAAGCAAAGAGGUGGAGUUGUCGGUGCCGCAACUGGUGCUGCAGUACAAGUCGCGGCAGCACGCAGAACAUGCCAUCGCCAACGGGAAGCAUUACAACGAUAGGACGCUGUCGAUAACCUGGACGGCGAAUACAACAGCGAACACAAACAGCGCGCCGCGGCCCGCGGACCCGAGGCCCGCGCGGAAUGGCGAACAGAGAGACGAGAAGGACGAGCAGACCCCAGUGGACCUUCCGGAGGACACGUUACUCCGUUUCGACGAGGAAGAGGAGGAUGACGCUGAUGAGGACAGGUCCUGGAGACGUUGACCUUCGAACCCUCGCCGCAAGAGCCGCGGCAUAUGACCCGCAUAUGUAAUAUUAUACUUAAUAUUAACAUAGUAGGUUAAAAUGCCGAUUUUAAUCACCCAUUUUCACCCAAAAUCGGAAUUAAGAUCCGAUUUUUAAAGUAAAUUUCUACCGAUUUUGAAUGAAAAUGUGUUAUGGAUUUCGGCUGUGAAACAAGCGCUAGUUACAUAGAAUAGAAUAGAAUUGAGAAAUAAUUGAAAUGUGCUUUAAGGAUAGUUCGAAAUUCGAUGAAUGAUGUUUGUGACUAUGAGCCCCUAGUUUGGUUUGAAAAUAGUUGAGUUAUAUUUAGAUUCAAUCAUUUGUAAAGCCGUAUCUACUUAAUUCUCUAUUAGACAAAAAUACCUUAAAACAACUAAUACUGUAGUUUCUACCUACCCCCUAGGUGAUAUAUAGGGGGACUGGUAAUUAGUGAACGAUAUUUAAACACGUGAUUGUACUCAUGAUUACAAACAACUUUCCCAAAGAAACUCAUUUGUUUUAUUUUACAAAACAACAAAAUACCGCGCGCAUGAUCAGCUGUUAGCAGCGAGGCGCCCGCGCCCGCGUUAUUGGAAGACUAGUAGGUAUUUUGGAACUUUACUUUGUUAUUGUGAUAAAAAUAAAAUAAGUAUACAAAAAAAGUUUCUUUAGGAAAGUUGUUUGUAAUCAUGAGUACAAUCACGUGUUUAAAUAUCGUUCACUAAUUACCAGUCACCCCUAUAUUAUAUGCAGAUAUAAAUGCAAGUUUCUUCUAUAUAAAUCUCAUAUUUAGUUUUCUAUUCUAUUCUAUUGGACGAGAGUUUGUAUUGGCUACUAAUAACUGUUACUUAUACUUGUUAUUACUUUCUCUAUAGCAUAUAUUUGUGUUUAUAUUGUAAGGUAAUGUGUUGCGCAACGCGUCUUGUGUGUUGCGCUAAAUGGGUUAGAGUUUGCGCAAUGGGUGUUAAAUGUACGGUAAAACAAAUUUAAAGUUGCGCAAUUUGUUACCGUUUGCGCAAAACGUGUUCAAAUUUGCGCAAUGCUUGUCAAAUCUUGCGCUAAUGUUUAUAGUGAUAUCCUAUACCAAAAUUUAAUAAUAUCGACAAUUUUAUUAUAACUUUCGUGAGACGUGCUAAAUUAAUUAUUAUGUUAUCGGCUUACUCACAUAACUGUUU